GAACAGCAGCUCACAGGGCAUGGCCACGGACGGCACUCGCCGCGUCGCGGCGCUGCUCCUCCUGCUCGCCCUCGCGUCCACCGCCGCCCUGGCCACGCGCGACGGCGCCCAGGUCAAGACCAAGCCCUCGCCGGCCCUCAAGAAGCCGGCCAAGCCGUACGUUCCCUCACCGUCCGGCAAGAAGCCGGCCAAGCCGUACGUGCCGCCGGCCACCAAGCCAGGCUCAGGUGCCGUUGGCGGCGCGGGCGGCAGCGGGGGCGGCGUCAUCCCCACCAUCCCGGGCUUCGGCAGCAUCCCCGGGUUCGACGUUCCGGGCAUGGGCGGCGGGUGGGGCGGCGGAUACGGCGGGCCGACCGGCGGGUACUCGCGCGGCGGCGUGGCGGCAUCCACCACGGUGUGCUCCGAGAAGGGCCCCUGCUACAAGAAGAAGCUCACGUGCCCCAAGAAGUGCUACAAGUCCUACAGCGGCUCCGGCAAGGGGUGGGGCGGCGGAGGAGGCGGGGGCGGCUGCACUGUCGACUGCAAGACCAAGUGCAUCGCCUACUGCUGA